UUUCGUAGAAACCUGUUUAGAGUGCAUUAACAACUCAGCAUCCAAAAUGGAUGGCUGUCGACGAGCUAGAAAGCGAGUCUAUGUAUCAUAUUUGCUCUCAUUUGUUCUGCUCGCAUGCUUUUUCUACUACCUCAUGGUCCACAACAGUAGGAAUAAUUUGGGCAUAAUGAGACUUCGUGAGGAUGUCGAUGAUAUAUCGCACAUCCUGCGUCAGCAGCAGAUAGACAGCAAAGUAGAUCAGGGCUCGUGCAAGUUCAAUUGCCUUGGAGGAGACCCGAAGGGAUUAGGAUCUUCUGGAAGAUGCAGCAACCGGGAUGUAAGUGCCUAUGUGGACACUCUGUUCAAGCGCAAGAUUGGACAUUUGAUGGACGACGUUUACAAUCUAAAGAAGCAGGUGAUGAGUUCCGGUUGCUCCUCCAAAACUGCUCAAUCGACUCCGAAACACGAAUCCGCGGCGCUGGCCAAGCCUCGCAUAAACUACGCUUCCGAGGAUCUGGGUGCCAGGAUCAUUAAUGUGAAGGCAAAAUCUCUUGAUGGCACCAAUAUUAUCAGAAGUGUUCUGGGUCUGGAUUUUAGCAGUAAUCCGCCGGUGAAUAUGAUUCGAGCUGGGCUUUCUCCGGGCUCAUGCUUCGGAUUUAAUGGAAGCCGGGCCACUGUGACUCUUCAUCUGGCCAGGACCAUCAUCGUGGAGGCCAUAACUUUGACCCACGUGGCCCGCGAAAUGACGCCCGAUUUGUGCGUGAAGAGUGCGCCCAAAAACUUCGAUGUAUAUGGAUUGCGAAUUGAUAAUUCUAAGAGGGAGCUGAUGGGACAGUGGAGCUACGAUAACGCGGCCAACAAGCGCACUCAGAGCUACAGUGUGCGCAGCGACUACUAUUUUCGAAAUCUGGAUUUUUCGUUCAAUUCAAACCACGGUGCGAAUACCACCUGUAUUUAUCGCGUUGAAGUAUAUGGAAGACUGUAAUAUAUCAAAUUUUUUUUAAAUAUUUAUAUUUUUUCGAGCGAGUCAUUUUGCACAAAUUUUUAUAUACUAUUACGUAAACAUUGAAAGUUAUACCAUAAAGUAGUCCAUAAUAAAGUACACGGAAAAGUUAA